GUUAAUUGUAUUACAAGGUCGCUAUAGAUAGACAGCAAGCCAGUUGGAACUGCGUGACCGAGAGAAAGUUGUGUCAGAUUAAAACAUAUUUAUACUUGAGUGCUUGAGGAUUGACACGAGACUCUAGCGUACGUUGUGUGCUCUGGUUCAUGAUAAUUACGUGGGAUUCUAACAACUUCAGGAAAGUGGUCGUCUGCAAAAAGCAAUUCUUCAAUGAGUCAAGACAGUGAGGUCAGUCUACCAUUGUCACGCCCUUAUAUCACCAACGCUCCAGGAAAAACCGUUUACGUCUACGGUGUGAUAUUACCCGAUCCGGUCCACUUUGAUAUUGAUCUGUUUACGACUCCAGAAGGAGACGACAGCGGAAUCGCCCUUCACAUCAGCGUUCAAUCUGCUAAAAACGCUGUCUUUUUUAAUUCUGAUAUCGACGGUGUUUGGAGUAAACAGAUGAAGGCAGAUACAUUUCCAUUCCAAACAGAACAAAAGUUUUUGCUCACCAUAGCAACCACAGAAGAAACAUAUGACAUCAAAGUGAACGAAACACAUCUUUAUUCCUUCCAGCACAGAGUGCCGCCACAAGAUGUGAAACGCUUUGCCAUUAGUCAACAAUCAGAAGAUGGAGUAUCAUCUGUCAGGAUUACUCGAUUAUUAGUAACAGGUUCCUGGACUCUUUCUUCACUAGAAGGUGAGAUAAUAGUAUUCGAAAGCAGAGCUGCUUCAACUGUUUCCAACAAAUACAUAAAGGUCAACAGUGAUCAAACAACUGUUGUCACUACCGAUAGCACAUCACAAGCUAAAGUUCGAUUUACGGUCACUGGUUACGAAAAUCCGUACAGCUUCAGAAACAAUAAAUUUACUGACAAGUACCUGACAAUCAAAGAGAAUCAACUCUAUGCGGAUCUUGAGACUGACUAUGCUAAAUUCAAAGUCACACAAGACAAUGAAGGAUACUACAUUUUUGAGUCUAACGAAACGGAGGGAAGCUAUAUUGGCGUUAGCCAAUCAGGAGAUAUUGUACCACCAGAGGAAGUAGAGGGCGAAGAAUCCAAUUUCUACAACGGGUACACUAACAUCGAGACGGCACGUGGUCUCUGCAAGUUCAUGUAGAGAACUGGAUGCAAACAUCGGUUGACAUCUAUAGUUCGAAGUGUGAAUGUGUGCGUGUGUGUCUGUUUGUGUUAGUUUGUUGUUGUUAUUGUUGUUGGUGGUGAGUGUGUGUGUGUGUGUGUGUGUGUGUGUGUGUGUGUGUGUGUGUGUGUGUGUGUGUGUGUGUGUGUGUGUGUGUGUGUGUCUGUUAUAGCAUAUAAAAUAUAUCUGCGACAGUACGAGUGUAAAGUCGCUCACGCGUUCUAGACAUGUACUGUACAAUAUACAGACGUCUACUAAUCUCAUACUAACACGAACUUUCAUUUUCUAUGAUUGUUCAACAAAAGUCAUGCCCAUUAUUUCAAAAAUUUCAAUGU